AUGAGUGAAGUUCCAACGCUUUCACGACAAGGCUUGGUUAAAUGGGUCAAUGAAACCUUACAGUUGAACAUAUCCAAACUUGAUGAACUAGGAACGGGUGCUGCAUACUGCCAGUUCAUGGAUCUCGUGUUCGGUGACAUCCCUCUUGCAAAAGUGAAGUUCAAUGCUCGCAACGAGUAUGAGUUCCUUCAUAACUAUAAAAUUUUACAGGCAUGUUUUACAAAACACCGAAUAGAACAUCCUUUUGAUGCUCCAAGACUGGCGAGGUGUAGGCUCCAAGACAACUUAGAGUUCACACAAUGGAUUUACAAGUUUGUUUCAACCCAAGGUACUUUACCAGAGUAUGAACCAGAAGCUCGGCGAAAGACACCUGGUCCACAAGGCGUCCCGAUGACUCCAUUGAGUACGAACAGAGCUGGGAGCCGAGCUGGAAGCCGCACCAGUUUAGUUGGCAACGGUCGCGCUCUGUCUGCUGCUAGCCGUCGUCAAACGCGAUCCGUGUCGAACUCGUCCAAUGGAUCUAGACAAAGUGACUCAGUUGCUUCUCGGCAGGGCUCAGCCUCACGCCAAUCUUCUAGUAGAUUUAGCACCGCACCCACAGUUGCAAGGGACCAAAAGUUGAACGAGUACUCAGCUCAACUGGAGGAGUAUAGCCACAAUCUGGACGUGGCCAUCACGGAGCGUACUCUUUAUUAUGGAAAACUUCUCGAGAUCGAGGAUCUGAUUCAGAACGAGCUAGAGCGUAUUUAUAAGGAAGAUCAGAAUGCUGGCAUGACAGACUCACCUCAUAUGCUGCUCCUCCGGAACAUUCAAUCCGUUCUGUACGCGAGGGCCGAGGGGUUUGAGACGCCAUACAGGCCUGAGGAUGAGCCAUUUUAG